AUGUCAAGCCCAACUAAUUACUCACACUACACCCACCUCAAUGCAAACCAACCAGCCAACCUCCAAUACCUCACAAACUUUUACGCCGAGCGAGCUACCAAGCACUCGCGCAUCUCCUAUCUGUUCCGCAAUACGGGCAUCAGCAUCAAGAUCCUGAUUCACGAGAUGAUCGCAGUGCCUGAGUUCAAAAGGUUGUUGUGGACGUGGAUGCGCAAUAAGCAGUUGGAUCGUUUAUCUAGCGACGGUGGCGAGGUCGAGAUUGUGGUUGUUGAGAGGUUCAGGAUGAGCGAGGAGGAUGUGGACACUAAAGAAGCAGGUCCAGAUGAAGAAGUCCGUUUUGAGGGAGAUCAGGGAGUGCGGUGA